AUGGGCAUUAUGCCUGUCCACAACUUCUUAUCAUUUGCUGCUAUAAGUUUUCACACUUUCUUCUUCUUAUUUGUUCCGUUGCUGAUGGAAAACAUGAGAUUUCACAAUUUAUCAUUUGUUGAUGUAAGUUUGCACACCUCCUCCUCCUCCUUCUUCUUCUUCUUCUUCUUCUUCUUCUUCUUCUUCUUCUUUGUCCCGUCUAUGCCAGUUUCAUAUUCUUUCGUUUUCUUUUCUCAUUCUUUUUUACCUCCUUUGUUCGUCUUUUAUUCUUUAUCUAAGAAUUAUUCGUUUCAUUUGGCAUUACAUUUUUUUCUUUUCCUUCAAUUUCUUUUACAGUCAUGUUUUUUUUUUUCCAACUUUCUUUUCGUAAUUCUUUAUAACUUUCUUUCUUCUCUUCCUUUCUCAUUCCAUUUCUUUCAUUUUGCUUUUUUGGCUAUUUUUCACACUUGCUUUUUUUCCCCCCUUCCAAUCACUUCUUCUUUGCUCUUCUUCCCUUUCUUUUGUUUUUUACUUCCACUUUUUUCCUCUACCUCUCUCCAUCGCGUUCUUCUUGCACGCUUUUAUUCGUUCGUUCGAUCAUUCCUUCUUUACUUAAUUGUUUCUUACGGCCUAUUCUCCUUCCUUCCUUCCUUCCUUCCUUCCUUCCUUCCUUCCUUUUAUUCUCCUUUCAUCCUUCGCUGUCUCCAUUAUUUCAUUUUCUUCUUUUCCCUAUUUCCUUCUAUUCAACAUCACUCUCUUCAAAUCUUUCUCCUGUCAAAUCUAUUUUCGUUCUUUAUUUCUAUUCGCUUUUCCUUCGGGAUAUUCAUUUUUUUUCUUCUUCGUUCGUAUCCCCCCUUCGACCCAUAUCUUCUUUCGUUAAUUUUGUUCUCUUUGAUCAAUUAUUCUCCUUCAUGGAUGCCUUCCUUCUUCUCUUCUUUCCUCUAUUACAUUUUUCUGGCAUUCCUUCCUUCUUUUCUUCCUCCCUUUCUUUUUGUCCUUUUGCCUAUUCCGCUUUUUUCUUUCUUCGUUUUUUUCUUUGAACCAUGUCCUUUUAUUCAUCAUGUUGUUCUUUCUAUCGCCAGUUAUUUUCCUUCCUUCCUUCCUUUCUUCCUUCCUUCCUUCCUUCCUUCCUUCCUUUUAUUUUCUUUCUGCUUAUUCUCCUUUCUUUCCUUCCCUUGCACCCUUCUUCGACCCAUCGAAGGCGGCCGGCAUCUAACGAGUGACCGUCUGCAAGGCUCGUGCUCGUCGUUGUCAGACGAGAUUUGUUACCGGCGCCAUUUUGUCAAUUUGCGCGAGAACGGGACGGGGAAGGACGAUGCAUUCCCGAAGAAGAUGGACGGCCUGUCAAUAGUCACUCGCGUUAGUCUACAGAUUCGGCAUCGGGUUACUUAA